AUGUCUCCAAAGAAGGACGUGAACGGCAAAAAAGCUUCUCUCACAGAAAUAGAAAAAGAUUUUCAAAACUUUUUUCAAGAUUGUUCCACAAGUGGUUUAAGUAAAUUCCAACUUUUGCAAGUUUUGUUUCCCUUAAAAGUCAGAAAAUGGAAAAAUCCGGCAAUAAAAUACGGAAUAAUCGGAUUGGUAAUAGUUUUAGUGGUACUCGUGGCAUUUUACGUGGACUUUUUCGCAUGGCAUCUGGCAGCUUUGGGGCGAAUCACGCUCGGCCAUGUUCGAUCCGUGUGGAAUUGGGAGGACUUGUACAGAGCAAAGUGUUUGAUCAGCGGGAAAAUGUCGUCUAAGGAGAAUGGAGGAAGUCAAAAGAUGGCAAAUACCGGGAUUGACUUUAAGGAUUGUGCGGUUUGUGAGAAUAUUGAUAAAAUCCUCCGCAUCUCAAACACUUCGUACAACUUCCUGCACGACAAAUAUCUUCUCCGCAGUGCUCCUGUCAUCAUCACCGACGUCAACCAUCAUUGGACUCCUUCCCAAACCUUCCCUUCUUACCUCCUUUCUCUCCCUGAUCUAACAUUCUCCCAUCCCUGCGAACUCCAAACGAACCUUUUGUUCAAAUCCACUGACUUACGAACCCUUCUCCAUCUCGCUUCUCAAGCCACCGAAUAUUUCCUCCAUUUCCGCAACUGCGAUUUUGAAGCCGUCAAAGCAAGUCGCUCGUUCAUCCGCAAACCCUACUUUUACUCACCUCACUUGGAGCCCCCUUACACCUCGUGGAUCCUCAUGUCGCAAAAUUACCCCCAAAACUCGUACAAAUCUCUCUCAUUUCUGAACCUAGUAAUCGUUCAACAACUCCAAGGCAUCCUCGAGGCAACAAUUGAAGCCAAAGACGCGUGUUUUGAAGUGUGUGGCAGACAUCAUGUGCAACUGGCUGCAGGUGAGGCACUUGUUCUCAUGAGUAAAUUGUGGAGUUUUAAAUAUCUCCCGGCGUCUGACGUGAAAAACUUGUCUGUGACUGUGGUGACAGAAACGCAUUUCUUGUAA